GAUGCCGUUAGCGGCCGGCACGAAUAGCUUCCAUUUCCGAUGUAGUUGAGAGCUCCGGCCAGAAAGCGACUCCCUUUUGCCUUCUAUUUACAUGUACGAUCGUCCCCAAUGCUUGCCUCUGAUUGGAUGCUACGUGUAGAGUCUCGCAAGAAUAUUGUGUAAAGAUGAUGACAAAUAUAUCAACGUUCAGUUUCUAAUAUUGGCCUGAGAAACUGCACUUCUCUGGCACAUGGUCUGUAAAUAGAAAUGAAUAUCAGUACUAUGGCCCCACAUGCUGGAGGAAAUAACCAAAACCUCCAUGGUGCGGCUUCGAGGCAGAGAUUACGUUGGACAAAUGAACUUCAUGAACGGUUUGUGGAUGCUGUAACUCAACUUGGUGGACCGGACAGAGCCACACCUAAAGGUGUUCUAAGGGUUAUGGGUGUUCAAGGCUUGACAAUAUACCAUGUUAAAAGCCACUUGCAGAAAUACCGUCUGGCAAAAUACCUUCCAGACUCAUCAGCUGAAGGCACAAAAGAAAAUAAAGAAUCUGAUGAUGUCCUUUCAAAACUUGACAAUUCCAGUGGGAUGCAAAUAACUGAAGCACUAAAGUUGCAGAUGGAGGUGCAAAAGCGGCUACAUGAGCAACUAGAGGUUCAACGGCAACUGCAACUAAGGAUAGAAGCGCAAGGAAAGUAUCUCAAGAAGAUCAUCGAAGAACAGCAGCGACUCAAUGGUGGAGUACCCCAGAUCUCAGCAGACCAAUGCACAGAAGAUAAGACGGUUCCAUCAAAGUCUUCCCUCAAAGAUAAAUCCAAAACGAAUUUCUUGCAUAGCCUUUCUUUUGAAGACUCCCAUCAUGAACCACACACACCAGAAACUGGCUCGCCUUUGACAAGCCCGAAGCAUGAACUUCAGGUUAAGGGACAAAUGAGUUAAAGCUUCUUAUUCCAGGGCGUUAGAUUGAUAGUCUUUAGGAGUGUCCCAGCCGAUAGUGUAGAUGUUUUUAGGCUUAUCAACUUUAGUCAGUCUCUGCUAUUUGUUGGAUAGGAUAUGUGCAUCACAGUCAUGACAAUGUUUACUUCAUCUGUAGCAUAUGUAGGUCGAUUUCCUGAGAGGCUUUGAUCCUCAAGAGGGUAUAUACUUGUUUAAGAUAGUGUUUGUCAAUUCAUACAAAGCAAGAGGUGAUUUGAAGAUGCAUCUUUUUUUA